AUGGCCGAGGAGCAGCGAGACCUCAUCUCUGACCGUGCCAGCAUUGGGGACACCCAGAGGUCUGCUGUUGGGCGCAAAGCUGCCCUCUCCACACUCUCCAUCCUGGUGGCCCUGCUGAUCGCUGGCCAGGCUGUCACCAUUUACUUUGUCUACCAGCAGAAUGGGCAGAUCAGCAAGCUGACCAAGACCUCCCAGACACUGCAGCUGGAGGCACUGCAGAGGAAACUGCCUGCCAGUGCCAAGCCGGUGAACAAGAUGAAGAUGGCCAUGAUGAACACACCUCUGGCCAUGAAUGUCCUGCCUGUUGCCUCCAUUGCAGACACACUGGACAUGGCUCCCCCCAGCAACAAAACUGAGGACCAAGUGAAGCACCUGCUGCUGCAAGCAGACCCUAAGAAGAUGUUUCCAGAGCUGAAGGACAACUUGCUGGACAACCUGAAGAGGCUGAGAACCACUAUGAAUGGUGCAGACUGGAAGGCCUUUGAAUCCUGGAUGCACAAGUGGCUGCUGUUUGAAAUGGCCAAGAACUCCCAGCCAGAGGAGCCCAAGGCAGUCCCAGCAGAGAAAGUGCAAACUAAGUGCCAGGCAGAGGCCAGUUUUGGGGGUACCCAUCCGGGCCGCUUCCGCCCACAGUGCGAUGAGAACGGCGACUACCUGCCCAAGCAGUGCCACGCUGGCACCGGCUACUGCUGGUGCUGCUACAAAAAUGGCACCAAGAUUGAGGGCACUGCCACUCGGGAGAAGCUGGACUGCCCUGAUGUUCCUGCUGCUAUCAUGGAGCCAGAGGAGAUGAUGUUCUCUGGAGUGGACAUGCUCAAGCUGGGUGCAGAAAAAGCUGACUAGAAGAUGCCAGCAGAUGGCUG